UCCAACAUCAGGAAUAAUCAAAUUAAGUCAUAUGUUUAACACUUUGUCAUUAAAAAAUUUACCAAGAUCGCUCGAUUUAAUUCAUAUUUGUAUUGCUAACUCAAACUUAAAUCCAACAAUUGAAAUUAAAAAAGGGUGCCGAAAAAUCCUCAUCGAGGUCGCAAAAGAUGUGAAACAAUAAUUUCUGUUGAACAGUACCAGUUUCGAGACUGCAGUCGAAGAACGCGAAAUUUAAAGCGCAGAAAACGGAAAAUUCUUCCAGAUUAAUCAAGGGAAACUCAAAAACUAUAAACGAUAGCCCAUUGAAAUGUGUUAUAAAAAUUAUGAACAGUCUAAUCGAAAAAGAAAAUUCAUCAAAAUGUAUGGUUGUAGUGAUGUCUAAAUUUGCAAAAUACAAACUCCGUGUAAGACGACGAGAUCCACUUGAAGAUCAUGAUCCUAAUUCACAGGACAGUGGUUCUCUUACUGCUCGUUCAGAUAAUUCUAAAUCAGUGUCAACAUUAUCUGAGAGCAAUGCAUCAUGUACAGCUGAUUCAGAUGAUGAAUUCUUAGACAUUUCUGUAUCCCCAACAGGAUCGUCUCCAGAUUCACUUCUACUUGGAUUCAGUACAUUAACAGAAGGAGAUAUUAUUAGCCAGUCAUCAAUUAUUGUUAAAAGAAAAAUUACAAAAUAUUCUUCAGAUACUCCUCGCAAGACUGAUUUAUUGUUUGGUGACAUUAAAAAUAAUGAAGCAGUUGUGAGAAAAAGAAAGUUUACGAGUGAUUUAGAAUCAAGUCCUGAAAUUAACGUAUUAUUAAAGAAAACUAGACCUAGUACGAAAUCUAAACCGGCCGAGAGAAGUUAAGGUAAGAGGCUUUGAGCCGAUUCAGUUUUAUUUCUAAUUACAGUAGAACCUCAUUAAUCCGAACCAAUAAGGGCUCUAGGUUGUCUGAUUUAAUGAAAGUCCGGAUUAAACAAAAUAACCAAAAAACAUGUUCGUAUUAUAGAUUUAA